UUCUCUCUUCUUUCACCAAAGAGGCUCUGCCUCUCAACACAAAUAUAAAUAUCAACAACCCCCCCCAAAAAAAAAAAAAAAAACAUUUUUAUUUUUAUUUAUUUUUAAUUUAAAUAUUUCCAUGGCUUCUACAAAGAAAGAUAUGGAUCGGAUAAAAGGUCCAUGGAGCCCCGAAGAAGACGAAGCGUUACAGAGACUGGUCCAAAGCUACGGCCCGAGAAACUGGUCGUUGAUUAGCAAAUCGAUCCCGGGUCGAUCCGGGAAAUCGUGUCGUUUACGCUGGUGUAACCAGCUCUCGCCCGAGGUUGAGCACCGACCUUUCACUCCCGACGAGGACGACACGAUUAUUCGAGCUCACGCUCGGUUCGGUAACAAGUGGGCCACCAUAGCUCGCCUCCUCAACGGUCGAACCGAUAACGCCAUUAAAAACCACUGGAACUCGACGCUCAAGCGGAAAUGCUCGUCCAUGGGCGACGACUUUAACGACGACGUUUCGAACCCGCAGCCGCUAAAGAGAUCGGCUAGCGUCGGGGCGGGUACCGUUACGGGUACGGGUCUGUACUUGAAUCCGAGCAGUCCGUCAGGAUCCGAUUUGAGUGACUCGAGCUUGCCCGCCACGUCACCUUCUCACGUGUUCAGACCCGUGGCGCGAGCUGUCCCUCUGGUACCGGCUCAUCCGGUUGAGACUUCGUGUUCAAACACAACGGAUCCACCGACUUCACUGAGUCUGUCUUUACCCGGAUCCGACCCGUUUGAGUUAAUCAGCCCGGCUCAGAUGGUACCACCACUGCCACCUCAGCAGCAACCACCACCACCGGAGCAACCGGUUGCAGGUUACGAGAAGCAGUUCUUCAGCAACGAGUUCUUGGCAGUGAUGCAAGAGAUGAUAAGAAAGGAAGUGAGGAAUUACAUGUCGGGGAUUGAGCAAAACGGGUUUUGUAAUUUGCAGACUGAUGCUAUUAGGAACGCUGUUAUUAAGCGGAUUGGGAUUAGCAAAAUCGAGUAGCCAAACAGAGAGAGAGAGAGAGACUAGUCUUUUAGUCCUAAGAGAGAGAAAAAAAAAAGACU